AUGGGAUCGGGGCUUUUGAUGAUUUUAGUAGUUGUCAUUAUAUUAAUGCGAUUCAUUUUAUGGUCCUGCUUCGGUGCUUAUUUAGAUUUCAGACUGGCUCGUAGGUGUCCCCCAAAGAGGAAGGGCUCUUGA